AUGCCGACUACCGCGGCAAACGCUCAAAUCAAAUUAGCAACCAUAACCACACCGGACACAACUUCCUCGGUCCGCUCGCUCCUGAAUGCCGGCGACAGCACAAACAAACCCCGGGGAGCUGUAAACACGUCCGGGCGAGACGAGGAGAGAGGCUUCUUUUCCAGUGCGACGAUUAAGGAGUCCUUUUCAAAUGCAAAGAUCAAGGCCCUGCUGAAGCUACGGAUUGAUCCGAAGACGGUAAACAAGCUUCUUUCACCGACACAAAGGCAAGCAUACUACGCCAAGUUGCGCGACAAAAUGACUGUGGAGUUGGUAAAGAAGUUGGCAGCCAGGGCGAAGGCUUGA